ACCUUAAACCCUAACCCCUUCUUCUUCUUCAGAAUCUCCUUCUCCGCCUUCUCAAAACUCAUACACCAUUUUAGAGAGAGAGAGAGAGAGAGAGAGAGAGAGAUGAAGAUUAAGGAGGAAAAGAAAAAAAGCAAAAGUGUUCAAAAUUCCAAAUCCGAAGAAGUAGAAGAAGAACAGCCUUCAAUCACUGAACAAAAUAAACUCAAACAAAAACAAAAACAAUUACCUUCUCAUUCCGAUUCUGAUUCUGAUCCUGAUUACGGUUCUCCUUACGUUUCUGAUUCUGAGGAUUUUUCAGAGGAUGGUGACUUUGAUGGAUCAUUGAGUGAUUCAGAAGCUGGAGAAAGUGGUUCAUCUGGAGAUGAGGGUGUUGUCGACUCAGACGUUGAUGAUGGCUUGCACAGUGAUCAAGAAAAUCAAAGCAACAGCUCUGAAUCCCAUGAAGGAGUUGAAGAGAGUGAUUCCUCUGAAGAUGAGGUGGCUCCUCGAAAUACAGUUGGAGAUGUUCCCUUGGUAUGGUAUAAGGAUGAGGAGCAUAUUGGAUAUGACCUUAAUGGGAAGAAGAUAAAGAAGAGAACGCGAAAAGAUAAAGUAGAAUCAUUUCUUGAAAGUGCUGAUGACGCUAAAAAUUGGCUCAAGGUUUAUGAUGAGUAUAAUGAUGAGGAAGUAGAGGUGACAAAAAAAGAGCUCAAACUUAUUAAUAGAUUGCUCAAAGGAAAGGCACCACAUUCUGACUUUGAUCCUUAUGCGCCAUAUGUUGAUUGGUUUAAAUGGGAUGAUGCCAAGCAUCCACUCUCAAAUGCACCGGAACCGAAGAGGCGGUUCAUUCCUUCAAAAUGGGAAAGUAAGAAGGUUGUUAAGCUUGUUAGAGCAAUUCGUAUGGGAUUAAUAAAGCGUGACAAGCCAAAAGAAGAACAACAAUUCUAUCAUUUGUGGGGAGAUGAUUCCAGCUCAACAGAAAAGGCUAAUCAUUUAUCUUUCAUUCCCGCACCAAAGUCAAAAUUGCCAGGCCAUGAAGAAUCGUAUAACCCUUCUUUAGAAUACAUCCCAACACAAGAAGAGAUUAAUUCUUAUCAAUUGAUGUUUGAGGAAGAUCGUCCUAAGUUUAUUCCUAGAAGGUAUACAUCUUUGAGAAGUAUCCCAGCAUACGAUAAUGCUGUUAAGGAUGUUUUUGAACGUUGUUUGGAUCUAUACUUGUGCCCUAGAGUUCGGAAGAAACGUAUUAAUAUUGAUCCAGAAUCUUUGAAACCCAAACUACCAAGUCGAAGGGAUCUUAAGCCUUACCCUGUAACAUGUUAUCUUGAGUACAAAGGUCACAAGGACGCUGUUGUGUCAAUUUCCAUUGAAGCUUCUGGACAGUGGCUUGCUUCAGGUUCGCUUGAUGGAACUCUACGAAUUUGGGAAGUUGAAACUGGUAGAUGUCUUAGAGUCUGGGAGUUUGAAGAAGCAGUUAAAUUUGUGGCAUGGAAUCCUCUGCGUGAGAUUCCUAUUGUAGCUGUCUCUGUGGGACAAGAGGUAUUUAUUUUGAAUACUGGCUUAGGAGAUGAAGAAGAACAGAAAAAUAUAAAAAAACUCCUCCAUUUUGAGACACCUGUAGCGCCAGAUGAUUCUGGCGACAAGGUGUCCGUUGCAAGCUGGCAUCAAGAUGAUAAGCAUGAAGGAAUCAGGUUAAGGCAUUUUAAGACAGUAUCUUCAGUGGAAUGGCAUCGUAAGGGAGACUACUUUUCAACAGUCAUGCCAGCUGGCGAAUCAAGAGCUGUUCUUAUACACCAGCUCUCUAAGAAGCAUACACAAAGAAUUCCAUUCAAGCUGCGUGGACUUCCAGUUUCAUCUGUGUUCCAUCCUACAAAAAAAAUCUUUUUCAUUUCAACAAAGAAGAAUAUUCGUGCUUAUGAUCUGCAGAAACAAAAGCUUAUCAAAAAGCUCGAGACUGGACUCCGUGAAGUCUCUUCCAUUUCUGUUCAUCCUGGGGGUGACAAUAUAAUUGUGGGGAGCAGAGAGGGAAAAUUGUGUUGGUUUGACAUGGAUCUUUCAUCUAAACCUUACAGAAUUCUAAAGUGUCAUCCAAAAGAUAUUACCAAUGUUGCCUUCCAUCGCUCAUAUCCCCUAUUUGCUUCAUGCUCUGAUGACUGCACUGCAUAUGUUUUUCAUGGCAUGGUUUAUUCAGAUCUCAACCAGAAUCCUCUUAUUGUCCCACUUGAAAUUCUUAGAGGCCAUACAAGCUCAAAUGGGAGAGGAGUAAUGGAUUGUAAGUUCCAUCCAAGGCAGCCUUGGUUAUUCACCGCUGGUGCUGAUUCAGUGAUCAAACUUUACUGUCAUUAAGAGGGAAGAGUGACACGCACUGAAGUGCGCUGCAAACACGGUGAUCAUAGGGGAUCCGUCUCCUGAGUCUCAGGAGAGAGACCUGAAGUUUUGUUGGCAAAUAUACUGUUUCAUUGUUGGAGAGAAAUUAAUUGUUGCCUGAGUUUCUGGCUCUAGUUCAGUCUCAUAUGUGUUUGGUGAACAUGAUCCAAUUAUAAUUUUUGACAAAGCAUGUAACUUAUAAUUCAGUUUUUGUUAUUAUUUAAUUACAAUUUUGGGAAGAAUGUCCCAUAUUUUUCUUGAAUUCAUGAACAAUGAAUGUGGAACAUAUGUAAGCACGUAACUUAUAUAUUAUUAUUAUACAAACCCAUUGAUUUUCA